UUGAAAACACGAUUUUUUUAGGAGUGUCUCACUUCUCCAACUUUACUAUUUCUUGGCUAAACUGCUAUUUUACAUUUGUAGCAUUUUUAGAGACUGGGUUUUUUUGUUUUCGAGCUAUUUUUGUGUGACGUUCCUAUCGUGACCCGGAAGUAAACAGCAGGGGGCGUUAGCAGAUUAGCAGCGCUAGCAAGCUAGCAACGUUGCAUGUGUUGAGACGACGGCGGUGUUUUGUUUGGACGUUUGUGAGGUUUCUAAAGAGUUGUAGCGAUACGUUGUUUGAUUCCGAACAAUCCUCGUUAACUAAAGUGUCGUAAAUGAGUGAAUACGCGUUUAACGUAAAGACAACGUGGCUGUGAUUGUGAGACUAGCAGAUGAUCGGAGCUGCUGCUGUUCAGAGGACUUUGGUGUUUGUUGGAGCUGAAGAUCUUCUGCAGCUGCAGGAACCAUGUCUUCCCUUCAGUCUCUGAAAGAGUUUAUCAGCGAGCGACUCGCUGCUGCUGCUGAAGAAAUCUUCAGACACUGCGAAGGAACCAUCGUCCAGUACGAGCAGGAGCUCUGUCGUCAGCGCAGACUGCUGGAUAUCUGCUGGAAACCACAGCUUCAGCUCCACCAGAAAGUCCUCCCUCAGCAUUCUGCAAGUGAAGAGGAAGAUCUUUGCAACCAGCAGAGGAAUUUAAAAGUGGAACAGAAGGAACCAGAGCCUUCACAGAUUAAAGAGGAGCUGGAGCAGCCAGAACCUCUGCAGAUUAAAGAGGAACAAGAAGGGUUCUGUAUCAGUCAGAAUAGAGAUCAGCUUGAUUUGAAGCAUGAAAAUGAUACCUUGAUGGAGAUUCCUACUGAUGAGGAAAAUGGGAACAGUGAAGCAGAUCUAAAUAAUCAGUGGAGCUUUAAUACAACUGAUUGUCAGGAUGAAGAAGAAAGACAACCUAAAGAAUCUACUUCAUCUACAGUUGAGGUGACAGAUCCAAAGAACAGCGAACAAAAGAAAAGAAGGGACAAAGGUCUUGUCCAAAGUGUGGCCAGCUCUAACAUGUCAGGAAGUCAGUGUGACUCUGAUGUUAGAAACAACUUCAAGAAUGAAAGUUUGGUUAAAAAAUGCCAACAAUCCCCAAUAGAAAACAGAUUUUCCUUUUUAAAGUCUGGUGAAAGCCCAAAAAUUGUUAGUAACCUCUUUGUCUACAAGAAAAACGAGUCUGAUGACAGACUUUAUAUCUGUACAGAAAGUGGCGAAAGUUUCGGUUACUGGUCUAAGUUCAGAACUAACACAGGAGAGAAGGGUCUUACUUGUAAAGAGUGUGAUAAAAGUUUUAACUAUGUAUCUGAUCUCAAAAGACACAUGAGAAUGCAUACAGGAGAAAAGCCUUUUUCUUGUAAAAGAUGUGAUGCAAAAUUUAGUCAACUAUGUAGUCUCAAAAGACACACAAGAACUCAUACAGGAGAAAAGCCUUUUUCUUGUAAAUACUGUGGAAGGAAUUUUGGUGACGCAUCUCAUCUCAGAGUACACACGAGACUUCAUACAGGAGAGAAGCCUUUUCUGUGUAAAAUAUGUAAUGCAGGUUUUUGUGAUGCGUCUUCUCUCAAAAGACACAUUGGAACUCAUACAGGAGAGAAGCCCUUUUCUUGUACAGAAUGCAAUAUAAGUUUCACUCGUGUAUCUCAUCUCAAAAGACACAUCAGAACUCACACAGGAGAAAGGCCCUUUUCUUGUUUAGAAUGCAAUAAAAGUUAUACUCGUGUAAAUGACCUCAAAAAACACAUGAGAAACCAUACAGGAGAGACAACAAUUAUAAUUAAGGAUUAGAUUAAAAUAAAAUGUUCAAAACUAAUCUGCUAAUUAACACACACAGCCAUAUCUGCCUGGACCAUUCUAAAGUAAACUGUCAAGUCUAGACAGUUCAGUGGAACCAAGGGAUUAGUCUCAGUCAGUUGAAUAAAAUAGAUUCUAAAGAACUUCACACAACUGACUGCUGACAAAAUUUGUGGAGAUUCUGCUUUUAUUUUCUAUUAGGACUUGGAACGUUCUCACUGUACUAAAGAUACCAUAUCUUAUCCCUUUUCUCUAAUCAUCUGUUAUUGUGUUCGAUCACUUUGCAAAGUAUCCUGACCUGAACCCAUUUAAAAAAUCAGUGAAAUGUUGUGAAGUAGAUAAAACAACAGAUCAAAAUAACAGAUCCAACGAUGAAGAUAACCUGAAAUCAGCUAUCAAAUCAACCUGAGCUUUCAUGUCUCCAAGAGAGUUUGACAUGAACACAGAGCCACAGGCUGAUGGCCUCCAUACCACAUUGAUGCAGUCAUUCAAUGAAAAGGAGGGACAAGUGAUUAUUGAAUGUAGAGAAAAGAAAUCUGACGUGUCCUGAAAACAAUCUUUUGUUUAUUCUCCUGAUUUGAUAUUCUAAUUUUCUUAGACACUAUUUAAGUUUUGAUCAUCUAUAAGCCCAAUGAUCACAUUGCUCAAAAUUAAGGAUUGUGUAUUGAAUUUACCUUUUUAAAUUGAUGGACAAAAAUGUUUACCUUGUUCAUGAAACCUAUUCUUUUAGAUGUACCACUAAAUAGAAAUGUGUUGUUUUGAAUUAUGGCCGUAAGAUUUGAUUAAAAAUAUUGGGCAAUGUUCCAUUUUUGUUGGUUGGUUUUUAUUAGUAGAUUUUUGUACCAUGUAAUCCAUUCUUUUGGUUGUACCUCUAAAGAGAAAUUUCUUGUUUUCAAUUAUGACGGUUAGAUUUGAUUUUUAAAGAAAUUUUGAUAGUUAAGCUGUAGGUUGAUUUUUAUUAGUAGAUUUUUUUUACUUUAAUUUUAUUUCUUUUUUUAAUUAGUUCAGGUAGCCAUUGUAGUUGUAGUUUAUGCUAAGACAAUGUCGUCCAAGUCUGUGUUACCAUGACAACACUAGAAUUAUUUUAACACGCCUUUAAUUCUAUUAGUUUUUAUGUGAUUUGUGAACAUUUCUUUAUUGUUUUGAAUUUAAAAUCAGUACAAUUGACAUUUUAUUGAGUCAUGUUAACAAAUAACAGUUUAGUGAAGGAAAGGUUUAGUAAAAAUGUAUUUAUGAAGAAGUGGAUAAAGAAACAGACUGGUGUUUGUGAUUAGAAUUGUUUCUCUGAUCUUUUUAGUUCUCAGUGUUCUGUCUCAAUCUUUCCUGUGAAGAAUAAAGUGGACGUGAACAUCA